GAAUGCCACUCGGAAUAUCUCAGCGAUUACCGAUGGACUUUUCUUUGGCCGAAAUGUUGCGAAAAGAAAGUCCACGAACGAAAAAAUAAAUGGACAAAAAUUGUCCGUUAUCAAUGACCAUUAGUGAGAAGGUAAAUCAGGGGGGACAAUCUACUCCACUGUAAGAUUGAAUGGUUUAUUCCAGAAUGUCAACUAGUACUCAUGCCACAAAGUUGUCCAAGAAAUCAGUUCUUCUAUUCAGGGCUCCAAAGGAAGGCACAACGGAUCUGUUUGAGAAAGAACUAAGAGAACAUAAAUACGAACCAGUUAGUAUACCAGUACUAGACUUCAACUAUAUCAACAUUGAUAAACUCUCACAAUGUUUGAUACAGUAUAGGGACUACUCGGCUAUAGUGUUCACAAGUCAACGAGCUGUGGAGGCCACACAACUAUCCAUUUCAGAUUCCAGUAAAGAAGUUAAUUACAGUGACCUAACUUGUUAUGUUGUUGGAGGUAGCACAUGUAAAGCUGCUAAAGAUGCAGGAUUUAAUGCAGUGUAUGGUGAUGCUGGAAAUGCAGAAAAAUUAGCAGAAUAUAUCACAACAGAGGAAAAGUGCAGAGAUAAACCAAUACUUUAUCCCUGUGGAAAUCUAAGGAGAGACACUUUGUCAAAGAAAUUAAAAGAAGCAGGAUUCUGCUUGAAUGAAAUUGAAGUAUAUGAGACUGUGAGAAAUAAAUCAAUAAAAUUAAAAGUAGAAGAAUUAAUACAACAUCAGGGACUACCAGAAUAUGUGGUGUAUUUUAGUCCAUCAGGGGUUCAAUAUACAGAAGAUAUAGUCUCAUCAGGUAUUCUUCCACUUGACCAGUUGAAGGUAAUUGCAAUAGGUCCAACAACAGAGAAGGAGCUGAGAGAAAAAGAUAUUCCAGUGUACAGUGUAGCAAGCAUCCCUGAUCCAGAGGGACUUAUACAAGCAUUUUCUUAGCAUUAAUUUAUUCUAGUCUUGUUUUUAUUUUAACUCACUCAAGGGUUGAGGAAAUUUCUUAUGUACAUACAAAAUUAACUGAAAAUAAUCUUAGUUAAAUAUUUAUGUCAGAUUUUAGUGUUUUUUAAUUGAUAUGAUUCAUAUGUGACUGACUACUAAAAUUAUAGGAUGGGGUUAUUUUUCCCUUAUUUUUAUAGAGGAAGCCUUUCUGUAAAUUCAGUUGGGCAAUAUAGUGCCAUCCUCACCCUCUUGUUAUUAUGUUACUUUUAAUUAUUCAAUAAUGAUAAAUGAUAUUUUGUUACUAUGUUGAUUUCAAAGAUAUGGUGUGAUGAUGUAUUGUAGCAGUCACUACUGCCACUUGGUGGUGGUGUUGGUAGUGUACACUCUGGAUCACAGCAGUAUAUUGAAUUUACCAGGGCAAAGUUCAGCCACCGCAUUGUUUCUGGGUAAGCUGUCAACGUGUGAAGCAGUUUACCAGUACUAGUUGUCUUCAGUCCCGCAAGGAAUUGAUAACUUCUGUGCAGGCCAGGGCAAAGGCACCGUGCAAAUGACAGUAGAAAGAAUUUCAUGAUCAAUCACAACAAAAAUGACCUGCUCGGUCUGGGAUUCGAACACAGGUCGCCUGAUUGACAGUCCAACGCUCUACCUUUUAAGCUAACUGGACUGCCAAAAUGGCAUUGAUAUUCAUAUAUUGUAAAAAUAGAACUUGUUAAUUUGUUUGUUUAACAGGAAGAUUUUGUCACUGUAACUCUUGAUAGAUGAAAUUCGGAAAUGACUUGAUGUGUAUAAUGUUAUAUCAUUAUACAGAGUGAGCUCUUCCUGAAUAUGAAUAUACCGAAGAAAAAGUUCCUGUAACUGAUAGAAGGAAGAAAAAAGUCAUGUGUUCAGAUUUUGUGUGUUUGAAGAGGAAAACAGUUCUUUCACAUGAAGUGUAAAAAGCUGCAUAUUUGAGGUCUUUGGAUUACAAAACUAUUACUUAUAUAAUAAUUAAAAUAGCCACAGAAUACAUAAAUUGAAAGAAUUUGUAUAUUUCAUUAAAAUGAGCGGAACAAUAAUUUUGUGCCAAAUAAUUGCUAAACCAAUUAGAUCAUUAGAAGAGUGAUAAUUUGUUUCUGAUUUUUGUACAACAUUCAUGUAUGUUAGAUCACAGAGACAUUCUCUGUCACAACUUAUUCGAGAAAUUACAAAAAAGUUAUAAAAGCUAUGUAAUUUUACUGUUUUCAGAUUUUUACAAUUUUUUAAUCGGAUAUAGCUUUAUACCCUUUAACUUUUAGAAAUAACUUAAUUGUGUAUGAUUUAUUUUCUGUUUUAAGUUGUGUACUCUGGCAUUCUUGAAAACAAAUGUUUAAUGUGAUCUAUUAUUUUAAAUUACUUUUUAGACUUCAUUGAAAACUAUCUCUUUAUUUAUUUAUUUUUUGAGUCGUCUUUAAAAUGGUUUUUUUUUCUGAUAAUAUUGUUUUUGUAACCUCAAAGUGUAUAAAGCUAUAUAUAUGCUGCCUAUAUACAAGCGUAUUUCAUAAUUAUUGUUUUUAUUUGAAAAACAGUUCUUCUGUGAUGCCUGUUUUUCAGAGAACUGUGAUUGUAUAUUUAAUUAAGAUCGAAUGGCCCAUGCAGGAAAUUAUUGCUUAACGGUUAAAACUCUACAUGAAAUAGUAUAAUAUUAUGUUUUUGAACAUUUUAUUCUGCUUAAGUAGAAUAUUCUCGUGUGUUAAAUAGCACAGACAUUCUAUGUUACAACUCUUUUGAAAAUUCACCAUAAGAUAAUGUAAACAACAUAAUGAACACUUAUACAUUUUAUAAAUUUUUUCCCUUUAUAUUCCUUUAUAUAACGUUCAAUAAAUACAUUGUUUUGUUUAAGAAUAUGUCUAUUUGUGAUAAAUUUGUUAUUUAUUAUUCUAGGAAUAUAUAUUUAUACAUGAAGAUAAUGAUAUUGUUGCUUAUAACUGAAAAUAGUGUAGGAUCAGAAAAAAAUAACGUUACUGGGCAAAUAUAUUUGCAGCCAGCAGCCACACAAGGAUGUAAGGGGCGUAAAAUAAACAAAAGUAAACUAACAGUUGGUUACCUACCAAUUAAAAAAAAAGUUAGUUUCAUGUAAUUCAGAAAAAGUAAGGCUUUGCUAACCUUAACUGAUUUUCUUGGCACUUGAAACAAGCAAAUUUAAAGGUAGAUAAAAAAACUGGAUACAGGUUCGGCGAUGACUGAUUUUAUGGCUUAUUAUUAUUUUAUUGUACAUGUAUAUAGCAUAACCUCUUAGUUAAACUUUUAUACCUUUUGUUUUUUUUAAAGAAAAGAAUAGAGGUAUUGUUACAGUCAUGUUUGUGCUGCCCCCUCCCCCCAAAAAAACUUUACCAUUGAUCAUAACUUUUUAAGUUCAUAGUGUUACUGUGUAUUGUCUUCAAACUUGGCCACAACAAGCCUUGUGACAAGACCUUUAAGUAGACCAGACUGAACUUGACCUUAAUUCAUAAUGACCUUGAAAUUUGGACCAUGUUCAAAAUUUCAGAUGUAAAUUGAACAUUAUGGUAAUAAUUUAUAUAUGAACAAAAUAAGUGUGACUAGACCUAUCUAUAAAUUUUUUUUUAAAAGAAGGAAAAACUUUUUUUUUCUCCUUUAACUUUUUUCUAAAGGUCUAUAACUUUCUUUUGUUUGCUUUUUAGAAAGAAAAAAAAGCCGAGCGUUGCCCUACACAGCGAUGGCUCUUGUUAAGAUAAUUUAACAAGUUUUUGCAAAAUUUUCUAUGUAGUAGCUGCAUGUAAAAUUUUAUAUUGACUCACAUAAGUUUUUAGCUCACCUGUCACAAAGUGACAGGACAGGGUGAGCUUUUGUGAUCACUUUUCUUCGGGCGUCCGUCCGUCGUCCGUCCGUAAAUUUUACUUUUAAUGACAUCUCCUCAUAAACCACUAAGCCAAUUUCAUCCAAACUUCACAGGAAUGUUCCUUUGGUGGUCACCUUUAAAAAUUGUUCAAAGAAAUUAAUUUCAUGCAGAACUCUGGUUGCCAUGGCAACCAAAAGAAAAAACUUUAAAUAUCUUCUUCUAAAAAACCCUAAGAGCUAGAGCUUAGAUAUUUGGCAUGAAACAUCUUCUAGUGAGUGUCUACCAAGUUUGUUCAAAUAAAAGCCCUGGGGUCAAAAUUGGCCCCGCCCCAGGGGGUCAUUGAUUUUCCCUAUAUGCAUAUAGUAAAAACUUAAAAAUCUUCUUUUAAAGAACCCAAAGAGCUAAGAUAUUUAGCAUGAAACAUCUUAUAAUGAGUGUCUACCAAGUUUGUUCAAAUAAAAGCCCCGGGGUCAAAAUUGGCCCUGCCCCAGGGGGUCAUUGAUUUUCCCUAUAUGCAUUUAGCUAAAACUUAAAAAGUCUUCUUUUAAAGAACUCAAAGAGCUAAGA